AAACUACAUUUCCCACAAUGCUUUUCUCCAUCCGAAGCGUCUGCUUUGCUCCCUGCGUCUUUUGACAAAGCUAUUUCUGCCGCACAAAGUGGAGCUCUCCAGGCUGACCGGCUCCCCAUUUCUUCAAACAGAUGCUGUGACGCAUAAUUGGUGCCUGUCGCCAUGCGGCUAGCAGAGUAGCAUCGCUCCUGCGCCGUGGGGAUUUGGCAGAGGGCAUGUUGGCUUCCAAGAACAAAACAUGACAAACAGGCAUCCCCCAAAAGCCAGAAGGGUCUCCAUCCGUUCCUUACUCAGCCAGUGAAAAAUAUCCUCAUGCGGCUGCUUCCAAAGAUGGGGCUCACGAACCAAAGUCUUCAUGAAAUAAAAUAAAAAGGACAGCAAAGCGGAAAAUGACGGUUUGUUUGACAAAAUCCUGCGGAUGCAGGGAGAGAACAGACCUGAGGAAUCUCUUACUCUGUCCUCCUUUCAGUUGUUCCAUUAUGACAAAUAAACUUAAAUAAAGAAGCGUUUCACGCAUUUUAAAAGAAAGAGUGAGUGUUUAACAAAAGAUGCAGGUCUUUACAACUGCUUGGAUAAUGAUGGAGAUGCGGCAGCUGAACUUUUCCCUUGUCUUGAACACAGCAUUAUGGACAGUAAUGGUAUCCCUUCUGCGCAGUUCGGUGAUGGGUUUGAUCUGGACAUGGAAACUAUGCCUCCAGACCCACCUUGGGAUCCUUUGCAAGAAUCUCUAUUCCCAGAGUUGCAAGUAAAGUCUGAGCCAGUCUCCCCUGCCUCAUCGCAUUGCUCCGAUUCAUCUGUGGCCUCCUCCGAUUCUUCUGUGGCAGGCUCCUCUUCGGCCGAACUCUCAGAGCAGGUCGCUGGACCAGAUGACGUGAUUGGAGUAAAAACAGAGCAUCCUCCAACCCCUCCGUGCAUGUUUGGAGAUGUCCUUUUACCUCCCUUUGGAACUGUACACAUAAACGUGGUCCCGGCUUCCGAGACAGGGAAACCAGCAGCUCCCUAUAAAACAGAGAGCAUCCUUAGUCGGAAACCCCCCAUUCAACCAAAGCCAGUCGUGGUGACCACUGUCCCAGGACAGCCAGCCACCUCUUCCAGUAAGACCAUCUUGUUGCAGCCAGUACCUGUAACCCAAUCGCAGAGUGUCAACCCUGCAAUCUCAGUUCCAGCACAGAGUGUUGUGAUUUCCCAAUCUGAGCUGCUGCAUCUCCCAGUGUCUGGUUUGAUCAAGGUUCAGUCUCCAGUAAAGGAGGUUCUCUCGCCUAAACCAGCCCCCUCAGUCCCCAAGCCAGAAGCUAAAACUAUCAUCCCUGCACCAGCACAGAUAGGACCCUGCAACCAAGAGAUUGAUAUCAAGGUCUUGAAAAGGCAGCAGCGGAUGAUAAAAAAUCGUGAAUCAGCUUGUCAGUCCCGCCGAAAAAAGAAGGAAUACCUCCAAGGAUUGGAAUCCCGGCUGCGAGAGGCCCUUGCAGAGAAUGAGAGGCUACGGCGUGAGAAUGCUCUUCUUCGGCGCCGGCUAGAUGGUGUCCUGGAUGAGAACAGCGACCUGAAGUUUGGCUCCGGGAACCGAAAAGUGAUCUGCGUCAUGGUUGUGCUGCUCUUCAUAGCCUUCAAUUUUGGGCCUGUCAGCAUCACUGAGCGCAAAGUUGCCAAUGUGUCUCAGCCCAAGCAGGAACCGGAGUCUGGCCCAGGCCAGAGGCAUCUUCUAAGCAUUACACAAGAAGCUCUUGAAAUGCCAGAAGAGGAGCAGGAGGAACAGCAAGAGGAGACCCUGGCAAGGCCAGGCAAGGCCCAAUUCAGGAACUUGUCAACUCCCUUCUCAGACAUGAAGGACCUCAUGUUGAGGGACCUGGACGAGCUGUUCCUCGCUUCAGAUUGCCGCCAAUUCAACCGCACUGAAUCGCUCCGGUUGGCAGAUGAGCUCAGUGGCUGGGUCCGGCGACACCAGAUCAACCGGCGGAAACCUUUACAAACUCGCAAAGCAGCUCAGAGCAGCCAGGAGAAGCCACAAAAGAAGUCUCCGAGCCCUUCCCACUAUGUUCCAGCCAGUCCCCCCAAAUACCCCGAGGGGGAUUCUCUGAGACAGUUACAGGUGUACCAUCAUCCCGAUCAUACAGAGCAUGACUUCAUGGAUGCCAUUGACCGCCGAGAGGAUACUUUUUACGUUGUGUCCUUCCGCAGGGACCACCUGCUGCUGCCUGCCAUCAGCCACAACAAGACCUCUCGCCCUAAAAUGUCCCUGGUGAUGCCGGCCAUGGCUCUGAACGAGAGCCUCUAUGGCUCCUCCCUGGGCUACGAAGUCAUGAUGCAGGUCGACUGCGAGGUCAUGGACACCCGCGUUAUCCACAUCAAGAGCUCCACGGUGCCCCCUUUCCUGAGACGCCAAGGCACCACCCCAUCCGACAACCGCACCCAGCCGUCCCCUCCGGCCUUUUCUGGGAAACCCCCCCGCACAACGUUGCGGUCUCAUCGCUCCACUCUGUCCACGGCACGGCGGCAUUCCCCUCGCACCCUCUACUUUGGGGAACACGGAGGGGGCUAGCGGGAAAUCUGGAAAAGGUGGAGAAGACAUUCCUGGAAGUGACAUUCUUCCAACCAGGGACUUGGAUGUCCCUCCCGCCCCCCCCGCUCCUCGGGGCCACCCCUGCCCGAAAGGCGGAUGGGUAUACCGUACGCUGGUUGGGCAGAUCUGGGGGCCUUUACUCUCCUCUCUCCCACCCCUCAAGCCUCUUAAAAAGUUCCUUGGCCCACGCCCAACUGCCGCUUCCAAGAAGGCUUCAUGGAGUUUUCUCCCACAAGGAGCGGGUCGCGUGGUGAGCUGCUGCUGCUGCUGUGGGGCCCGGGGCCCGAGCAUUGCCCCAAAGAAACCUCUGGCUCAUCUCCUUGGGGUGGGGGGAGGCCAAGAGAGAUUGCUGGGUGAAAUAAGGGAAGGACACAAGAGGUGUCCACAACUACUGUCUGCGAGAGCUGGGAAGCGUGAAGAGUGUAAAGAAGGAUGAAUGUUAUGUCUUUUCCCCAAAAGAGGGAGAGACCGAAAGAUGAGAGAGUGUGAGUGGGUUGAGUGUGUGUGUUGAAGUGUGUAUGCUGUCCUCUUCAAAAUUGCUCUGGUGGCACUUAGGCCUGCUGUCCUGGGUCCUUUUUUGUGUGUGUGUUUGUAUUUUCCCUAAUUGUGGUUUUUUUUUUUUUUUAAAUAAAGAAU